GGUUUUAUGACUUUUAUCAAAAACUCUACAAGACUAAGUGGUUAUCAAAAUGUUACUUGGAAUUUUUGAACAAAAUUUCGAAGAUAAUGGUUUCUGCAAAAACGAAAAACAUUUGCCACUGCGAAAAAAAAAUGGUAUAUGAUCCAUGAUUCAUGAUCCAUACUCUACAUGUGUACGAAAACUGAUUUUGAAAAUAUUGUUUCAUAAAUAUUGAUUGUAACUUUAAAAAUUCAAUUUGCGAGAUAGAUUGGGCUUAAACGGGUUAACGAUCCUAAUUAAGUAUUUUAUUAAGGAGGUCUCUCAUGGUAAGUAAGACGGGAAAUGAUAAAACAAAGAACAUUCAUGAUGCCAUGGCAAUGCGUAUACCUUUCAUCGCUCCAUAAUGUUGACGUUUAACGUAGGUGAAAAUGAAUUCCAAUUUGCAUGCGUACAUUUAUUACAAACCCCGUGACGACCAAAGCGUGCUGCACUGCCAUUUUCCCAUUUCUAUGAUGAGGAAAUUCCCACAGAAGUGCAGAACCAUUCCUUCCCCAACGUUUCUCUGGGAGCUCGUUGAUUUCCUAUAGGGGUUGUAAAUAAAUCAAGACAAAACAACACCCAGCCCGCCAGGAUGGAAAUGUACUUUUAAUUGGAAACAAACAUGUUCAUUUGCAUACGGAUGGACCUGACCUUGCCCCAUAUAGCUAUGCCCGUCCAAUUUACGCCUGCUGAGCUGAGCCGAAAGGGAUUCAUUUCUUUUCCUCCCGGGACGUGUUGCUACUGCAUACAAUACUGUGGUCCGGUUCGGAAGUUCGUGCUUCACGCCAAUCCCGUGGCGCCCUGACUACGCAACCUGUUGCAUAUUCAUCGGCCUACGGCAUGGAAUUUGUAAUUCUUGGAUUGUGGAAAACACUGACCGACGAUGACGACGACAUCAGAAACGAUUCGACCGUCGCGAGAAAUGGAGCGCUCGAAAGUUCAGCUGGCGUCUGCUGGAGCCAAGGAGCUGUUCCUGGAGUAUUGUAGCAAUAGUUCGGUACACGGAGUUCGAUAUUUCGGAUGCCGCGAACGAUCGCUAUGUGAAAAGUUCUGGUGGGUGGUUGUGUUUGUCCUUUCGGUGGGAAGUUGUGUGAUGUUGAUCCUGAAAACGUACCAAAAGUGGGACCAAACACCGGUGAUUGUGAGUUUUAACGAAAAAUCUACUCCAGUGUGGCAGAUUCCGUUUCCGGCGGUGACCAUUUGUCCGCAGACCAAAGUUAAAAGUGAAAUUUUGAACUUUUCUCGAGAUUUUGGAGAGUUCAUCAACAUGGACUCUGAUGAAGCAGGAGAUUUCAACCGAACAGACUACCUGUUAACGAUGAUGCAGCUAUGUGAGAGGACGUUUUACACCAUCGUAUUGAGAGAAGCACACUCGCUCCCUAAUAAAGCCAGUCACCAAAGUUAUGCCUCGAUUGUCCGCGAAAUGUCUCUUUCAAUGUACCAGAUGAUGGAAUAUUGCAUGAUCCGAAGUGAACUCAAAUUUUGUGAGGACAUGUUUAGUCACACUAUGACCGAAGAGGGCAUCUGCGUGAGUUUUAACCUUCUAUCCGCUGCAGAGUUGCUCCGCACCGAUGUUAUCCAGACGGCGGAUCCGUAUUUGUCGGAACAUCAUAAAGCUCCCCACUGGACGCUUGAACAAGGAUACUCUCCAGAGGCAACGCUCAGUUCAUACCCCUAUCGAACUCUUGGACCAGGCUACUCCGCAGGCCUUUCCCUACUGCUGCUGUCCAGUAACCAUGAUCUGGACUAUCUUUGCCGCGGACCAGUACAAGCUUUUAAAGUUCUACUGCACUCCUCCGCUGAGUAUCCCCAGGUUUCCCAACGGUUCGUCCACGUUCCAGUGGAUCAAGAAGUGACCAUCGCCGUAAAACCACAAAUGGUCACAACAACUGAGGGACUUCGCAGCUACACCCCAGAACGUCGCCAGUGCUUCUUCAACAACGAACGGUACCUCCAGUUCUUCAAAAUCUACACCCAAGACAACUGCGAACUGGAAUGCCUCACAAACUACACUCUUCAACGCUGCAAUUGUGUCAAAUUCUCCAUGAUGUACUCCAACGGCACCCCAGUUUGCGAAACCAAUCAAAUCUAUUGCAUGCUUGAUGCGGAGAACGAUCUUCUGGAGAUGGACCUGCUCAGCCAUCAGGAUCAGCAGGCAAACUUCCGAGCUCAGUGCAAUUGCCUACCGGCGUGCACUUCCAUCCAGUACGACGCGGAAAUCACGCAAACGGACUUCGACUGGCAGAAGUGGAGUCAGGCCAUCGAGCUUCCUCUCAAUAGCACAACAGGAAUGCACGUGGCCCGACUGGGAAUCUACUUCAAGGAGGCACAAUUCAUGACCUCGAAGCGAAGCGAGCUGUACGGGUUGACUGAUUUCCUGGCCAACUGUGGAGGCUUGCUGGGGCUGUGCAUGGGCGUCAGUUUGCUGAGUUUGGUGGAGCUGUGUUACUUUUGUACGGUGCGUCCCUUUUCGCUGUGGAGGAAGCAGAAACGUGCCGAAGUGGAUGCGAAAAAUUUGAAAUAUGACGAAGUGCCGGGAAUAAGUUUACUAUCGAUGUCGAUGAAAGGUGAUAAGGAUUUACAGUGAUUCGUCAAAUUUAUGUGCAAUGAUGAUGUUUAAUGGUCGACGUUUUGUGAUAUUAUAUAGACAAGUGGAGAUUGUGAUUAUAUUUAAAUAUUUGUCAGCAGGUUCUAAUAAUUCAUAUAAUGC